AUGCGCACCGCGGCCCGACACGCACUAAUGCAUUCUCCCGGUGUCGACAACCUGGAACACAAUGGCGAGCGAGGGGAGAGGGAGGACUGCCGGAGUAGAUUAAGGUCCCCAACUGGAAGAUGCAGUGACUGCAGUGUGAUUGUGUGUGUGUCUGCAGGGCAGGAUCGCAGUGAGGCAGCUCUUAUCAGACGUUUUAAGGGCGAUGGCGUCCGCUACAAGGCCAAACUCAUCGGCCUGGACGAGGUCACUGCCGCCCGCGGAGACAAACUCUGCCAGGACUCCAUGAUGAAGCUUAAGGGUAUCGCUGCGUCAGCACGGUCUAAAGGGGAACACAAACAGAAGGUGUUUCUGACUGUUUCCUUUGGAGGGAUCAAGAUCUUUGACGAGAAGACAGGGAUCCUCCAACACCACCAUGCGGUCCACGAGAUCUCCUACAUUGCCAAGGACAUCACGGACCACAGAGCCUUCGGCUACGUCUGUGGGAAGGAGGGGAAUCACCGCUUUGUGGCCAUAAAAACUGCACAGUCGGCCGAGCCGGUGAUUCUUGACCUGCGGGACCUGUUCCAGCUCAUCUAUAAGAUAAAGCAGAGGGAGGAAAUGGAGAAGAAGGCGCAAAAAGACAAGCAGUGCGAGCAGGCUGUCUACCAGACAAUACUCGAGGAGGACCUGGAGGACCCGGUCUACCAGUACAUAGUCUUUGAGGCGGGACACGAGCCCAUCCGCGACCAGUCAGAAGAAAGCAUUUAUCAGGUCCCCACCAGUCAGCAGAAGGAAGGGGUCUAUGACGUCCCAAAGCGACACCCAAAAGGACAUCAAAACACUCCCCUCCAUCAUCAUCCUCAGCAUCAUGAUUAUCAUGAACAGCCUCUCCAGCAAGAACAAAGUGAACAGCCACAGAUGCAGGAGGCAGUUGCAGAUCUGAUAGACUUAGACCUGGAAAUGGUGACUCAGAAUAUCAGCCAGUUAGAGAUUUUUGGAGACAUGUCGACACCACCUGACAUCACCUCUCCAUCCGUGAGUAGCUGCCGCUUCUUACCAGCCAAUCAGAGUAUUUCCAAAGAGCCGUUUGGUUGUUCCCUGACCCCGACCUGCUACCCCGCACAGACCCCCGCCUCUCCUGCCAACACGCUGGACCCCUCGCAGGGCCUGCAGCCCCCCACUGAACUCUUCGCUCCCUUCAACCCCGCGUCUGUGCCCUCAGGUUAUGUGACAAUGGGGGCGGUACCUCCCGGUCACUGGUCCCAGCAAGCGUUUGCUGCCCAGACCCCCCUGGCCUUCGGGGUCCAGUCUCCCCUGGGCCCCGUGGCCCAGGUGCUGCCCGGUGGUCAGCCUCUCAUCUGGGGACAGGCCAACCUCUUCCCGGCCACCCAGCAGCAGUGGGCGGCCAUGGCGGCCGGAGCCUUCUCCCCCACAGCCUACCUCCCCGCCCAGCCCGUGGGCACCCUGCCCGCCGCCAUGUUCCAGACCCUGGCCCCGGUCACCACUCUGCCGCCGGCCGGGGAGAGCCAUUCAGGGGCCGGCGCCGCCGCGCCCUCCCCCUCGGCGUCAUCCAUUUUCCGACUCUUUCAGGAUUUCCAGCUGGCGAAGCCGCCGGCCAUGCCGUCCAAGAAGCCUGACCAGCCCAGCUUGUCGGGCACCAGCGAGGCAUUCAGCUCUUACUUCAGCCGCGUGGGCACCGCCCAGGACACGGACGACUGUGACGACUUCGACAUUUCCCAACUGAAUCUCACCCCCGUCACCUCCACGACGCCGUCCACCAACUCGCCCCCCACACCAGCUCCCAGGAAGGGCUCUCCUUCCAAAUCCUCAGCCUCCCAUGUCAGUGACCCCCCCACAGAUGCCACGGACCCCCCAACGGACGACUCGUUCGGAGAGGCGGAGGGCAGCCCCAGUCGCAGCGGGGAGGAGGACGGCGCGUGUGGCUCUGGGUCGCCCUGCCCCAGUGAGGCAGCCGAGCCCAGUCCAGAACAGGCCAGUCCAGAACAGGCCAGUCCAGAGGCUGGGAGCUAG